CCUUAUCCACCGCCCGGGGAGAUGGAGAUUACCAGAUGGUUCUGAGGUGGUAUGGGAAGUUAUCCACACCUCAACCCAGGCAGGCCCGCCAGCCAAUCCGCGCGACCACACCACCCAACUCCCCAACUCUCGUCGCCUGCGCCUGCGCCUUUCCAGGUUCCUCUCUUCCUUCUCUGCCGUCAUACUCCGCCCGGUCGUAAUCUUCCGUGUAUGGCCCGAACCAUGAAAAAUGGGCGCACCGUUUCGGUGCCCUUCUACGACGCCCGCCCAGGCUCCCAGCAGGACCCGACUUGCCUUAGUAGCAUUCGAGCGACGGACGGAAAUUCGAUCUGGCCCAUUCGUUGUUUCCGCCACCGGUUUUGCAGCCACUGCGGUGACUCGGUCUCGAGGGAAGAGGGCGCCGCCGCUGGUCAUUCCCGGCAGGCGAAAAAGGGAGAACCCACCCCAGCCAAGGACCCGACCCAUGAAGGCGCAGGGCGGCUGUUGUUGAUUUGGGUUUUUCCUGUGCAUCCUGUCAGCUGCUCGUGUACGUCCGCGUCCUUCAUUAUUGUCAUUGACUUGGCCGAAAGAAGGAACCUGACUUUCCAUGGUUUGAUAUCACCCACAUCGCGCACAUAUCCGCGGCAGUAGUCCUGAAACUAACAAUGGAG